AUGGCGCAGUACGCACGGGAUGAGCAGCAGAUCCGUGACGAGAAUGUACGGUUACAGCGAAAGCUGCAGCUUGAAGUCGAACGUCGCGAACAACUUUGCCGACAUUUAUCCGAAUCCGAGUCAAGCUUGGAGAUGGAGGAUGAGCGCCACUUCAACGAAAUGCUGUCGCAAGGUCAGCUGCAGACGUCUCGAACCCGAACCCUGAGCAGCCCAGUGCCAUACGUUGCGCUACCGCGUUCUGUUUCCCCGGCGUUA